UCCAGCCGCGGAAGGAGAGAUAUGGGCGGGAAGUAGCAUUUGGGGACAGAGCGCGAGAAGCUCAAACGUCGGCGCCUUCUGCCAAAAUCUAAUCAUUUAUAUCACUCACUCACUGACUCAUCUCUCUCCCUCUCUCUCUCUCUCUAUCCAUUCAUCAAUUCUCAGUGUUAUUAGACUAACGUUCAUCAACAGUCGAAGCUCAAAGACUCUACUACCAUGGCGGACGCUUCCAACUACGCCAGAUUUCUUAACCCAUGGGUCCUCCAUCACCAGAAAUUGGGUCUCGAGCUCAAGUGCCCUCUCUGCCUCAACCUGCUUAAUCGACCAACCUUGCUCCCCUGCAAUCACAUCUUCUGCGAUUCAUGCGUACCGAGAUUGACCCAUUUUGGAUCCGAGUGCCCUGUCUGUAAACAACAGUACUCUGAUCGAGAUGUAAGACCAGCACCUUACAUGGAAAAUUUGGUAGCCAUUUAUAGAAGUUUGGAGGCUACUUUCAGCGCCAGUCUCUUUCAGUCUCUUACUUCUGAUGGUUUUCUAAUUCUUGCAGAUGCGGGAAGGGUGCCUCUGCAAUCCCCCAUUUCACUUAACACAAAUGUUGAUAAUCAAUCAAAGGAAUCGGUUGAAACACCUCAAGAGGGAAACUCUAGCAAUGGGCAGUGCAUCUCUUCAUUAACAGCUAAUAAACGAGUUCGGGCUUCACUUAACCACUCUGUUGAAGAAGGGAAUAAGUUGACUGGGAAAUCUGACAAAUCUACACUGCUAACCACUAGUAACAUGGAAAAAUUUCAGAAGCGAGAUGCAGGUGAAGUGGUUUUCCAUGGUGGAGAUAAGUUGGUUUCUCCACACUAUUUUGGUUGGGCGAGAGGUGCAACAAAUGAAGAGCUUGUUACACCAGAAAUAGAUAUUAAUCAAGUGUUACAAUUGUCACCAGUCAGCCCUCCUUCCGUUGAUGCCAAAGACGUAAACGACGAUAGCAGUGAUCCAGGCAGCAGAAAUGAUAGUACAGAAAAACAUCCAGCCAAGAGAUCAGUUGAAAACAACUCUAAUGAUAAGGCAGGAGGUGACAGAACUUCACCUAGUGCUGGAGAUCAUACCAGGGAUGUCAAAAGACAAAAGAAACUGAACUAUGGUUUGUUUGAUAUGGGUGUGAAAAUUGAUGGUUGCACUCAACCAAAUGUAGCAGUUUCAAAAUUGGAAUCAAAAUUUGAAAAUCUCUCUGGUGCGAAGGCACCUACAAUUUCAGAUUUAUGCGAUGCAAAUAAAAGUAUUUGUGCCUUUUGCCAGUGCUCUGGGCUUACUGAUAGAACUGGGCCUAUGUUGCAUUAUGUCAAUGGAAAGGAGGUUGCAGGAGAUGCAGCAACAAACACCAGUGCUAUACAUGUUCACAAGAUAUGCAUUGAAUGGACACCUCAAGCUUAUUUUGUCGGUGAAACAGUUAAAAAUUUGAAGGCAGAAGUGGCAAGAGCAUCAAAGCUAAAGUGUUCUAGCUGUGGGCUGAAAGGAGCAGCUCUUGGUUGCUUUGUGAAUUCUUGUCGCAAAAGUUAUCACGUGCCUUGUGCGGUUGAAAUCAUUGGAUGCAGAUGGGACUUUGAGGACUUUCUAAUGCUGUGCCCAAGUCAUUCCUCAGUCAAGUUUCCUCGUGAGAAGUCCAAGAAUGGGAAGCAUGCCAGUGAAAAACAGCAUUUUGUGCCAACAGAAACAACCUCGAAGCAGUCCAACUUUUGGGGAGCCUCUCCUAAUGGAGUGAAAAAAUGGGUUUUUUGUGGAUCUGCUCUGUCUGCUGAAGAAAAGUAUCUUUUGGUGAAGUUUGCCAACAUUUGUGGUGCAACUGUGUCCAAGUUUUGGAAGCCAAAUGUUACUCAUGUCAUUGCUGCCACAGAUGCGAAGGGUGCAUGCAGCAGGACGCUGAAAGUUCUCAAGGCAAUUUUGAAUGGGAGAUGGAUCCUCAAGACGGACUGGAUAAAAGCAUGCAUGGAAGCUAUGCAACCUGUGGAUGAAGAACCUUAUGAAGUUAGUCUAGACAAUCAUGGCUGUUGUGACGGCCCCAGAACUGGCAGACUAAGGGUCUUAAAUAAUGUGCCAAAGCUCUUCAAUGGCUUAAAUUUCUACUUCACUGGGGACUUCAUACCAGGUUAUAAGGAUGAUCUUCUAGAUUUGGUUAUCACUGCAGGCGGUACUGUCAUCGAGAGCAAGGAACAGUUAGUCGCACAAGGUCAAGAUACCCAAACAACUUCUUCAGGAACUCUAGUUGUUUAUAACAAUGACACCAUGCAAGGGCGCAGAUUGGAAGAGGAAGGUUCUGUUGUGUUGCAAAGACUAGAAGUAGCAGAAAGGUUGGGUGAUGAAAUUGGGUCUCAGGUCAUCAUCGCACACACAUGGCUGUUGGAAUCAAUUGCUGCAAGUAAGCUGCAGCCUUUUGGUUGCUAACUAAUCUGCAGAUUUUUGUUAUGAAAAGUUUUGAUGACAGAUUUGUUAAAGCCUGGUCUGCUUGGUUUUGCAUCCUAAAUUAUGUAAGAUACAUUUUUUGAUCCAUAUUCUAUGUUAAUGUUGGAAAUGUGUCCACAUUUAUUAGUUGGUUAUGGGUUCUCAUCCCCCUUUGUUAUUUAAUCUUGCUUGCCUAUUUGUUUAGGGCUUUUUAGC